UGAACCUGGAUCUUGGCCAAAUUCAUUAUUGGUUGCAUCUGUAUGGCGGGCCAUCCUCCACCUCCACCUCCUCCUGGGGCAUUAUUUGGGGAGAAAUAUCUUGACAUCCCUACCCAACGCAUACUCGUCCUGGGGUUACUCGCCGCUUCCCAAGCGAUCAAGUUUGGGGAGUUUACUGCUUCCCUUGUAGAACAUGACGGACCAAGUGCAUCUCUGUUGUUCCUCAAAUGGACGUUCCUUGACGCCAUCCUGUUGUGGUUUCUUCCGUAUCUACGCAUACCGAGACUUCAAUUCGAUCAACGCGCUCGUAUCGCCCAAAUAACAUUGUUAACUGGGUUUAAUUAUGUCCUGUUCGGAAACUAUGUCAUCUUUCUGGGAAAGUUUCUACCUUCCCCUAUUCGGGCCAUAAUGGGACUCUUCGAAUAUGAUGAACUUACAAUAUCCCAAAGACGAGUCAAGAUCCAAGAUGUGAUUGAUUACGGCGCCCACCUUCUUGGACAGCAUACCGUACGCAUAACCCCAAUUGGUGCGGCUAUAUUCAACCCGGAUUCCUUGCCUUUCUGUCUCGCCAAUCCAAGUGUUGGAGUCUUAAUCCCCAUCCUCCUCAACAACUCAAAGUCGCUCUCACUGCUCCAGUACUCAAUCGCUCCCCUUGGUGACAAAGGGCCGAGAGACUACAUCAAUGUGACGUCUCGAGAACUGAACAAGAUGCAGAGCAUAGCGGCCGCGUACUUUGCCGAGCAAGAUCGAUUAUUGGGAUCUGCCGAGUCCGAUGAGGAUGAUGAGGACGACGACGACGAGUUGGAUGAAGGUGAUGGGGCUCUUGCUUCGCGAGUCCGAACUCCACAAUCCCAGCUCAAGAUGAUGAUAUCAUCCUCAUCCUAUGCUACUCUUCUCGCAAGGAAGAAACUUGAAAAAACUCAAACAAUGAGAUACUUGCGUAUUACCCGACCAGGCACUGUCAGGCUUGAACGUAUUUUAGACAACACCUAUGCAGAUGUCCGUAUCCGACGGUAUUCUGGGAAAAUAGAUACAGCGGUAGUCGAAUGUCCUUCCGCCGUAUUCAAGACGGGGGAUCUAGCACCCUUGCAGUGUACAGGUGGUACGAAGCAGGUGUUCAUCGACGUACGUGGCACUACGCCAUUAACGCUUCAGUGGCAUCGCGUCAUUGGUGGGAAGAAGGAACAUUUCACCGUGGAAGGCAUUGAAGGGGGUUCUGAGAGUCGAGGUCUUCCUUUAGCACAAGAGGUGAAAAUACCAUUAGACCUCCCUCUAAACGUGCAAGGAUUACAUGUCUACACGCUAGAAACGGUCACAGAUGGUGUUGGAAACGUCGUCGAUCUUCCAUUCGCCACAUCCCACGAAUCAGACGUUCAAAAGUCCAUCACCGUACUAGGCCGCAGUUCAGUCAGUUUCCGGGGUUGUGGGACUGGCCCCGAUAGGACGGUUGACCUACUCCAGGGAAAGGAAGGCACUAUUACGAUCGCCUUCAACAACCUGGAUCCUGCUGACGGACCUUGGACUGUGACGAUUUCGUUCCAACCUGUCGAUUCUAAUAAGGGUAGGAAAGGCUGGACGAAGGAAUUCGCGUCACAGUCAGGCAAGAAGACGUUGACGAUUGGGGUCACUGAACCUGGUGAAUAUACGAUCAUCAAAGUCCAGGGGAAAACGUGUCCUGGUGAUAUCUUGAGUCCGGAAACUUGCAGAGUUAUCGAACAACCCAAGCCGACAGCUGAGAUUACAUUCCAAGGCAUACAAGAGUGUUCAAGCGAUACUGGCGUUUCAGCCACAGCGUUGCUGCACGGAACCCCACCAUUCGUAUUGGUAUACACAGAAAAACACGAUAAAAACCCACCAAAGACUCUGGUCAAGACCUUCAAUAGCGCCCGGGGCGAGAUCGUGUUGAAACCGGAAAGGAGUGGUAGCUAUACCUACACCUUCAUCCAUAUCUCGGAUAGGAAUUACCAAAGAGUUCCGAUCGCUGGCACUCCGUCUACCACUCGACAUGUUCAUCCGUUGGCUUCUGCAAACUUUGUUCGGGGCGUCGGCGGCGGCGGUAUGACGAAGCCUGCAGAUUCUCGCAUCCAUACGAGUAAUUGCGAAGGGGACUUUGUUGAAGUUUCCCUGGAUCUGAGUGGCACACCGCCGUUUGUGGUAGACUUACAGCUGGUCGGACCUAAAGGUUCUGAACUUCGAAGUUUCAGAUCUCUCAACGAGACUCGAGAGACCGUGGAAGUACCCAUAUUGCCUGAAUUCCGAGAAACUGGAGGCACAAUGGAAAUUGAUUUGGUCAGCGUUACGGAUGCCAAUGGUUGUCGUAGAGCAUUAGACACUACGGGUAUCUCCGUAUUCGUGAAGCGCGUCAAGCCGACCAUCAAGUUCUAUUCUACGGACAGCACUCGAGAGGCGCUGAUCUUGGAUACGGAAACAGCCCAUUUGCCCCUUCGCUUGACAGGAGAUGGGCCAUGGGAUGUCUCCUAUCAAAUAACCGAUCCGGCGGAAGCAGAUGCUGGGUCGAGAGGCCCCACCGGUCGAGUGGCCCGCAUUCGGUCGGCGAACGCCAAUCUUGAUGUCAAGCAGCCUGGGCUGUACACUUUGACCAACGUGAAGGAUUCGCAUUGCCCCGGCCGAGUCAUCCAAGAACAGUCAACGUAUCUCGUGAAAACUAUUCAACGCCCAUUUGCGGUGUUUGGAGAAGAUGCCGGGAAAUUGAGCCUUGAAGGAAUUAUCGUCCGACCACCUGUUUGUGAAGGGAACGAGGAUUUCGUAGACAUCCAACUGCAAGGACGCCCCCCGUUCCAGGUCAUUUAUGAAUAUGCCGGCCAAUCUCGAGAACGACGUAUGCAGGAUCGUAUCACCUUCAACAGCAUUCAAAAUACAAGCAAUCUUCAACUCAAGACGAGUGAAACUGGGCACCAUGAGUACCAUAUCGCCAAAGUGGGAGACUCAGCCUACCCCUUGGUGUCGUCACCAGAAUUACGUCGCUUGAGUGGUCUGGUAUUAGCACAGGACGUUCUGGCCCGGCCUUCGGCCCACUUCAAGUCGUCCGGCACAGGAUCUGUCUGCCUGAACGACAAAUUCAUACCUAAAGCGACUCACGGUAGCGAUGGAAUCGUCAUUCUUCACGGACAACCCCCAUUCAAGCUAGAUUUGGCAAUAAAGGACUUGGCAACAAGCUCCGUCGUGACAGAGAGUGUGGAAGUCUCGUCGCACGAGUGGAAACUUGAACUUCCCAACUACACGUUCAAGACAGUGGGACCCCACAUCAUCACUAUCGAAUCAUUUGAAGAUUCGUCUCAGUGCCCCCCAUCGACAGUGGAGUUAGGGCCUCAAUCCUUCAGAAUCGACGUUGCAGAAACAGCCGCCAUCCUUCCUUUUGAAAGGAGGGAGGACUUCUGUGUUGGAGACGUCCUACAGUUCCAGCUUGAGGGCAACGCUCCGUGGAAAAUUGAUUACAGGUUCGAUGGAAAACUCAUCUCCGCAACCUCGAAAAUUCCAAAGUUCAGCAGAGUAGCAGAGAAGCCUGGCAUGUUCGAAAUCGUCAGCAUCGCUCACCAACAAGCUUCUUGUCAGAGUUCCGUGUCCGAUCUUCACAUGAAUAUCAGGCCGCUGCCAUCUGCCCGUGUGAGCCAGGGGAAAAACGUCAUAGAAGAUCUUCGGGAAGGCGAACAGGCUGAGAUAGUCUUUACCCUUAUUGGAGAACCACCAUUCACGUUCACAUACCAGCGGGCUUCGUUAGAAAGCCACAAAGGCACGCAUCGGAUCUUGGAAACACAUACCGUUUCUGGGGUCAUGACUUAUGAGUACUCGAUAUUUUCUGCAUUGGAAGGGACAUGGACAGUAACAUUUAUAUCCGAUAAAUACUGUCGAUACCCACCUGUGGCUUCAAACUCAAAAUUCGAGUCGAUCUGAUGACCGGCCGCCUUAAAACUUGCAUUUGUCGACGCCGCACUAACGCUUUAUAUCACAACCCACAUCACCGCUGUUUCAUAACAAUAACAUCCACCAAUGGAGCACAAGAAUCUGAUGAUCGCUGUAACUACCGUAAAAUAACUCCCUCUAAGUCGCUGGCGCGAAGUUCCCCAGAGGUCCAUCAAUGAGGCUUUCCAAUAGUUUGGAUCCAUUAAUGAUGCCCGUCGUUCCAAUCACA